GAAACAUCGGUUGAGCGAUGUGCUCUGACCCCCAUCGGCAAUUGGGCGCAGCAUCAGAUUUUAUUAGGGUUUUUUUCAGGAAGGCCAUUUCUGCAUUUCCAAACUCACGUUCGAUGUCUCUGAGCCUAUCGGACUUUUGCAUCAGCACGGGCCGACCAGCGGACUAGAUGCGAGUCCUAUCAUCUUUUGAGGCAGCUUCUCCCUUGAAGGUGCCCCAAUCGAUCAACCCGUGCAAUGGAAAUAGCUUCGCCGCGCGAAAUGUCGAGAAAAUGUCUGUUCGGAACGGUGCAGCAAUCUACCGGCUGCGAAUUGGAUUCCUGGAAGACCCUCGGCGGCAAACAUUUCCCGCAAAUACCUUGCUCGAGAUGAAAUCAGCUUGAACCUUGAAGAAACCCAGCCCUCGGCGCCUGAUCUGGCACCGAAGUGCCUCGUCUGCUCUGGAGCCUAAUCGACGUUGAAACACGUCUCAAACACAAGGAAGCUUGUGGCCGGAAAGUUUCAGGCCACGCCUGAAAUAACGCGGCACGGACCACU